GUGGCGCUGUAGUAGCAAUAUGCCGCUGUGAAGUGGCAAGUGGUCGAAGACGGUAUAAGCAUAUGCCAUUUUUAUGAUUGUACAGUGAAUUUGGUCAUAAACAUGAGGUGGCUCGUGCCGUGCAUAUUAUUUAUCACUUCCAUUGUCGCGACCCAUUGUUACUUCAUCACCGUGGACGCGCAUGCCGAGGAAUGUUUCUUCGACAAGGUCGAAUUCGGCACCAAGAUGGGCCUCACAUUCGAAAUAGCAGAGGGUGGAUUCCUAGAUAUAGAUGUAAAGAUAGUUGGUCCAGAUGGAAAGAAGAUUUACGAAGGUGAACAAGAGAGCAGCGGGAAGUAUACAUUCGCUGCGCACACACCUGGUGUUUACACCUACUGCUUCAGCAAUCAGAAAAGUUCAAUGACGCCAAAGGUGGUGAUGUUCAAUAUGGACAUAGGUGAGAAUCGAAAACCUAAUGAGGAAGCUGCUGGUGCGGAUGGCCAGGAUGCUGAUGGCAAUCAUGGAAAGUUAGACGACAUGAUCAAAGACUUGAGCACCAGUUUAUGGGGUGUAAAGAAUGAACAAGAAUACAUGCAGGUGCGCGACCGAAAUCACAGAGCGAUUAAUGAGAGUACAAAUUUCCGGGUUGUGGUAUGGGCGUUUUUCGAAGCCAUGGUACUGGUAUUGGUGACAAUAGGACAGAUCUACUACUUGAAGCGAUUCUUCGAGGUGCGAAGAAUCGUGUAGUCUAGGUAUCUAAUGACACUCAACUGAAUCAAUUUUUUAUGUAAUUAAAUUAUGUCUAAUUACACAUUACAUCAUCUCUGCGGUAAAUACAUUCUCCACAUUUUCCAAGGUGAAUCUAAAUUUUACGGCGUUAGUAUUUAAGCGAAAGGAGUAUUUCCUACAGAUCCGUAAGAUUUCUAAUAAAUGAAGAAUUUGUAACAGUACAAGAUAUUUAAUUGAAAAUAUCCGUUCGAUUGUAAAUGUUUACCUCUUAAUGUAUAUUAAUGGUAAAUAUCGAAGAGAAACGUAUAUCUGUAAUAAAAAAGAAAUGUACA